GUGAGAAUCCUGAAACCUCACAAAUGGACUAGUAUCAUUGCUCAAAUAUAGAAGGACAUGCGUGCAUAGGUGGAUGCCAUUGUGUUUUCAGAAUUUAUAGUGAACAAAUUUUGACGGCCGUUGCUUCAUCACGUGGUAGAGGAUAUGCUUUACUUGCUUGGUUUCUAGCAAUAAUGAAGUCACAAGUUUAAUCAUAAUGGGUCCCUGAAAGUAUCAACAGUGAGAUGCUUGUGACUAUGAUUUUUCGCAUCUACAUGGAUUUUGCGCAGAUUCGAGACUUUGGGGCUGAGUUUGGAGUCUGAAGGUUGGCGAGAUGAUCGGCUGUUUGGGUCCUUAUCCCAUGGUCGCCACUGGGUCUUUAUCACCUUCCUUGAGCAAAUCCUGCAAUGAGACCUUUAGAAAUAAUAAGCAGUUUCUUGCCAAACAACAGUCAGUUUGUCUGACAUCUGUCUGCAAAAUCCGCCGAGGAUGCAGUGGAUUCUGUUUUCCGUCAAAAAGAUCAAUAUCCAAGGGGAGGUCCAGUUCCAAGAUAUCAACUGUAUUGACUGAUAACAAGUCACCAAUGUCAUCCUUUGAGGAUGACGUAGAGAAUAUUGGCAUCUUCCACAUUGAUCCGGGCCUAGAACCAUAUAAAGAUCACUUCAGAUAUAGAGUGAAGAGAUAUUUAGAUCAGAAAAGGCUUGUCGAAAAAUAUGAAGGAGGCCUUGAGGAAUUUGCAAAAGGUUAUUUGAAAUUUGGGUUUAACAGAGAAGACGAUGGCAUUGUAUACCGUGAGUGGGCACCCGCUGCUCAGGAAGCACAAUUAAUUGGGGACUUCAACGAAUGGGAUGGAUCAAACCAUAGGAUGGAAAAAAAUCAGUUUGGUGUUUGGAGUAUAAAAAUCCAUCAUUGCGAUGGGAAUCCAGCAAUACCUCAUAAUUCAAGAGUCAAAUUCCGAUUCAAACAUGGUGAUGGAGUUUGGGUUGAUCGCAUCCCUGCUUGGAUUAAGUAUGCUACUGCUGAUCCUACAAGGUUUUCUGCCCCAUAUGAUGGCAUCUAUUGGGAUCCAGCACCUUUAGAGAGGUAUCAGUUCAAAUAUUCUCGGCCACCAAAGCCCAAUGCCCCACGGAUAUAUGAGGCUCAUGUAGGAAUGAGUAGCUCCGAAUCUCGAAUAAAUUCUUACCGAGAAUUUGCAGAUGGUAUUUUGCCCCGUAUUCGGGCAAAUAACUAUAACACAGUCCAGUUGAUGGCUGUGAUGGAGCAUUCCUAUUAUGCAUCCUUUGGCUAUCAUGUUACAAAUUUUUUUGCUGUGAGCAGUAGAUCUGGAACCCCUGAAGAUCUUAAAUAUCUAAUAGAUAAGGCCCAUAGCCUAGGUUUGCAGGUUCUGAUGGAUGUUGUCCACAGUCAUGCCAGUAAUAAUGUUACUGAUGGACUCAAUGGCUUUGAUGUUGGCCAAAGUUCCCAGGAUUCUUACUUCCACAAUGGAGACAGAGGCUAUCAUAAAUUGUGGGAUAGUAGACUCUUUAACUAUGCCAAUUGGGAAGUUCUUCGUUUUCUAUUAUCUAAUUUAAGGUGGUGGAUUGAGGAGUUCAAAUUUGAUGGGUUUCGGUUUGAUGGAGUAACCUCAAUGCUGUAUCACCACCAUGGAAUCAACAUGACUUUUACAGGGAAUUACAGUGAAUAUUUUAGUGAAGCAACAGAUGUGGAUGCUGUCGUCUAUUUGAUGCUGGCUAAUUGUUUGAUCCGUAAUAUUUUACCAGAUGCAACUGUCAUAGCUGAAGAUGUUUCUGGCAUGCCUGGACUUGGUCUACCCCUGUCAGAGGGAGGUAUUGGUUUUGACUAUCGUCUGGCUAUGGCUAUCCCAGACAAGUGGAUUGACUAUCUGAAGAACAAGAAAGAUGAUGAAUGGUCUAUGAAAGACAUCUGUUGGAGUUUGACGAAUAGGAGAUACACCGAGAAGUGUGUAUCUUAUGCGGAAAGUCAUGACCAGGCCAUUGUGGGGGACAAGACUGUAGCAUUUUUCCUCAUGGAUAAAGAAAUGUAUUCUGGCAUGUCUUGCUUGACAGAUGCUUCCCCUACAAUUGAGCGAGGGAUUGCUCUUCACAAGAUGAUACACUUCUUAACCAUGGCAUUAGGUGGGGAAGGCUACCUUAAUUUCAUGGGCAAUGAGUUUGGCCAUCCGGAAUGGAUUGAUUUCCCUAGAGAAGGCAAUGGAUGGAGUUAUGAGAGGUGCCGUCGUCAGUGGAAUUUGGUGGAUACUGACCACUUGAGAUAUAAGUUCAUGAAUGCAUUUGACAGAGCUAUGAACCUACUGGAUGACAAAUUUUCAUUCCUCUCAUCACCAAAACAAAUUGUGAGCAGCACAAAUGAAGAAGACAAGGUUAUAGUCUUCGAACGAGGGGAUUUGGUAUUUGUGUUCAAUUUUCAUCCAGAGAAUACUUAUGAAAGGUAUAAAGUUGGGUGUGACUUGCCUGGGAAAUAUAGAGUUGCUCUUGAUAGUGAUGCUUGGGAAUUUGGAGGGCAUGGAAGAGUGGGGCAUGAUGUAGACCACUUUACAUCCCCAGAAGGAAUUCCAGGAGUUCCUGAAACAAAUUUCAACAAUCGUCCCAAUUCUUUCAAAGUCCUCUCCCCCUCUCGUACUUGUGUGGUAUAUUAUAGAGUGGAAGAGAGCCGAGAAGAAAACAAUAAUAGCACUUUGAUCGGAGUAGGAGAGGUAUCUGCUGCAUCAGACGUUGCCAAAAAUCUUGAAGGAUAUGUGGAAAGUGGAGUCACUAAUUUGAUUGGGGUGGAAGAGACAUUAGAUGAUGAUGCAGCAAAUGUAGUGGAGAUUAUUGAAGAAUUAGCUUCGACAGAAAGCGAGGUUGCUAAAAGAAAAACAUAAGAUGCAAACACUCCAUUCGAUGUUGCCAAAAUUCUGGAAGGAUCAGCAUAUGUAGAAAGUGAAGUCAGUGGUUUGAUUGAAGUAGAAGAGACGGUCGCUGUAGCAGAUGUUACUGAGAUUUCUGAAGACUUGUCUUCAGUAGGAAGUGAGGUUGCUUCAUGCAAAACAGAAGACGCAAGAGUAGAGAAAAGUGGUGAAGGAACAUUGCAUAGCUGAGAAUCUAUAUCCGUGGUAAAUAGCUGUGUUUAGCAGGUUUUUGGGUGGUUGAAAGGGUGUUUGAUGUAGAUUUUGGAGAAACGUUUUCCUCUCUGACACGGGUACAAGCAUUAGACAACUUUUGUUUGGAGAUAGUGUGUAUCUAAACGCGGAUGGAUGAUAAAUGGUGAAGCAAUAUCGCAUAACUAAGAAUCUCUAUAUCCAUUGUAAACUAGCAGCACUAUCUGUGCAAACAAAGGAAAGACGACAACUCAUUCGGAAAUAGAGGGUAUGUCCAGUAAA